AUAGGAGCUCCAAGCUCAGUCUGAAGCCUGACUACAGAGUCGCUGCUCCAAACCAGAUGCUCAUUUGAGAACCCUAAAGCAGCCUCCAUAUGGAGAGAGAUCGACACAGACUCACUGCUGUUUAAAAGAGAGAGAGAAAGAAAGAGAGAGAGAGAGAGAGAAUUGAGGGGAAGUAGACUAGGUUCUCUCUAUUGUUUAGUGUAGUUCUGCAUUUAAUUCCAGUUCCCGAAGACAGUCAUUGUUCUGGUAUCUCAGGAGAGAAGCACACAAGGAACAUGGCCUUAAGUCAUGGAGAGCGACAUUGAUUUUUACAAGUAUUUUGUGUGGCUUAAAAAGGUCAACCUGCGGGCACUCGGAAACAAUGAGAGCUAUCAGGAACGUCUGUCUCGUCUAGAGGGAGAUAAGGAAUCUCUAGUGCUGCAGGUGAGUGUGUUGACAGACCAGGUAGAAGCUCAGGGAGAGAAGAUCAGAGACUUGGAGAGUUCUUUGGAGGAGCAUCAGCACAAGCUCAACUCCACAGAAGAGAUGCUGCAGCAGGAGCUUCUGAGCAGGACAGCCCUGGAGUCUCAGAAACUGGAUCUGAUAGAUGAAGUUUCCUAUCUGAAACUGAAGCUGGUGGGCAUGGAGGAGAGACAGAACCACAACGUGGAGAGACAACACAAAGCUGAGAGCGUAGUGAAUCUGAUUAGCGAGCUGCAGGAGCAGAUGUGUAGGAUUCAGCAAGAGCUCUCUUGUAAGAUCCAGGAGAAAAAGGCUGCAGAGAGCCGGGAGGUGGACCCUGAACAGGGAGGAGACAGUAGCCCACCUGAAGUUCCUGAGAAAGAGUCAGAGCAGGCUGGGGACAGGCCUGUGGUGGCACAGGGGCAUGGAGGUUUAGCUGAGGAGCUGUGUCGCUGUGGAAGAGAAAGCGGUUUGUUCCAGGAGUUGAGACUGCUGAAAAACAAAGUUGACGAGCUCGAAGAUGAGAAGUCGCAGUAUGAGCGGAAGCUUAAAGCCACAAAGCUGUCUAUCUCUUACUCUCUGCAUGUGUGUUACCAGUCUCUGGUCACUCAGUUGUCUAGUCUGAGGUUGACGGUGGAGCAGCUACAGGUGGAGAGGCAGCAGUGGGAGGAGCGCAGCAGGAACCUGCAGGCAGAGAUCUCAACCCUUCAGCAGCUUCUGCAGUGUAAGAACGCAGAGAUCGAGAGUCUUCAGGCCCAGCUGCUCUCCAGAGCCCCUGUGUCUGUGGACAGUGCAGAGAGAGAGGAGAUAUACCGGAGGAGGCUUAACUCUAAACAUCAGGAGUUACAGAAGUUAAAGACAGGGAUGGAAUUACUGAUAGCAGACAACAGUGAAAAGGAUCGGCGUAUAGAAGAACUGUCCCUCCUCCUGAGCCAGUGCAGACAGUUCAGAGACGGCAUAAGCCUAGUUCCUUCGCUACAAGGCAGCUGUGAGGAAAAGGAGCAGAAUGGAGGAGUGAAGAUGAAGGCUCUCACUCUUAAGCCUCACUCUGAGUUGACCUCCAGUGCUUCAUCUCCACUUCUUGCGUCUUCAGUGUCCAACCAGAGGGAAGCUGAAUCCAGGUUACAUAAGAAACAUCUGUCCUGCAGUAUGGAGGACUUGAAAGGUGGAGCAACACAAAAGAUUCCUGAAGAAUCUGUUUCUUCCAAUGAGAGUCAAACCUCAGAAGAGCAAACAGGGAAAUCUCCUUUAACAGAUGGUGGAAAGAGUGAUACCUCAGAAGCGAGGUCUCGAGAAGGCAGCGAGGACGGAGAACUCAGCCUACGAAAGACAGAGAGGAUGGAGGACACGAGCAUGUCUGAUCUUUCGCCAGUGUCUUCUGGAGUGGAUUCUGGACAGCAGUCUCCCGUCUCCCAGGAAAACAUGAAGAACAAGAAGAGCAUUCGCAAACUGUGGGGAAAAAUCAGAAGAACCCAAUCAGGGGGUCUGCAGGGAGAUGACCUAGAGCCCACUGAAUUCAGAAGAGGGGGCUUCAGAGCUACAGCUGGACCCAGGCUGGCCCGGACGCCGGACUCAGGUCGUUCAGUUCGAGACAUGUCACUGCCCUUCUCUAAGUGGACCACAGAGCAGGUGUGUGGUUGGCUGGAGGACUAUGGACUAGGCCAGUAUGUUAACCUCACCCGUCAGUGGGUGAUCAGCGGUCAGACCCUACUUUCCGCCACACCACAAGAGUUUGAGAAGGAGAUGGCCAUUAAACACCCCCUGCACAGAAAGAAGCUACAGCUGGCGCUCAGGUCGUUUAGCAACAAGGCAAUGGAGAAAUCCUCAGAGCUGGAUCACAUCUGGGUUACACGGUGGUUGGAUGACAUUGGCUUACCCCAGUACAAAGACCAGUUCCAUGAGAGCAGAGUUGACGGCAGAAUGCUCCAAUAUCUGACGGUGAAUGACCUUCUGUUCCUAAAAGUCACCAGUCAGCUCCAUCAUCUCAGCAUCAAAUGUGCCAUCCACGUGCUCCACGCCAACAAGUUCAACCCGUCCUGCCUGAGACGGAGACCGGGGGACGAGGUGAGAGCUUCUGCCGUGUGUGCUCAGAAUAAAACAUCUCCAUCAGAGGUGGUGCAGUGGUCUAACCAUCGGGUAAUGGAGUGGUUGCGCUCUGUGGACCUGGCUGAGUAUGCUCCAAACCUCAGAGGCAGUGGAGUCCACGGAGGCCUUAUAAUUUUGGAGCCUCGCUUCAACUCUGAGACCUUGGCCAUGUUGCUUAACAUCCCUCCUCAGAAGACUCUACUGAGGCGGCAUUUAGCCACCAACUUCAACAGUCUGGUGGGACUACAGGCCCAGCAAGAGAAACGAGAGUAUGCUAAUGCUAGCGGACACACGCCCCUCACUACCACUGCCAAAGUCCGGCCAAAGAAGCUCGGCUUCACCAACUUCAGCCACUUAAGGAAGAGAAGACCCGACGAUUCAGCAGACUACAUCUGCCCAGUAGAUGGAGGUAUUUCACCAAUUUUGAACGGUAUCUCUCACCGGCCCCAAGGAAGCUUCAGGGGCUUGAGCCCCAUCGUGGACAGAGACACAGAUAGACUGGAUCAGGUUGUCUCAAAGAGCUGAUCUUUUUCCUUUUGAACUCUUAAUAAGCAGAACCAGUGAGCAGAACUGAACCUUCCUCUACGCUAAGUUCCUCUACGCUUGCUCUACCCUUCACCCCCACUGCAAUGGACAGCUCCACAGAAACCCCGGCCAGUAGCGCUUGAUAAAUAAUGAAGAGGAUUCUAAACUGAUCCAUCUGGACAUGAUUUAGAUGCUUUUGAGGAUCAUGUGAACUUCUUACAAGUGAAGAAACUUGUAAUUGUAAUUACUGUAACUGUACUGUAAUUGGCAUGCUGACUUGAGACCUGAAUGGUUUAAUAAAGUUAAAAUGAAGUAAAAUUGUGAAUCAGCAAUGCUAAAUGAUAAUGCUAAUGCUCCCUUGUAUGAUUAUAAGCAUUAAACGUUCAAUCAUUUCAAAUCUCCCU